AUGGGCCAUCUUACCUACGAAAUUCAAUGGAUUCUAUCGUUUCUGCUUGCCUUUUCACGUCAGUUUCCGCUUUCCCUUGUGGUCAUCUUCACCGGUCAUAUCAUUUCCAGCUGCUUCUCUACUCGGCUCGCCGACCUGUUCGGGUAUUUAACAACGACGAGAACCGUUGUGGAACAUUUAAAGCUUACUAAUUUUGGUUAGUCCUCGUCCGAAAAGUGUUGCGAUUCCUCUUCAAGUUAAAAUUUCAGAGUUCAACUCUCAAGUGGAUGUAUGGCCCUUCUAGAACAACUUUUCCUCAUUUUGCUGUACAGUGAGUUAUAUUUCGACUUCCAGUACAGUUUUUAAGAAGCCGUUGUUUGGUGAGACACCGUUUAGCGUCGUUUUUCAUAUGCGCAAUUAAAGGAUCUAUAAGGCCGGUCGAUUUUCUCUGCCGGCGGUGCCGCUGGAUUUUUCUUGAAAUUUCUGAAAUUUAUGAAAGCAUGAACUAUGUGAAGACUCAAUUAAAGGUAGUAGGUUCUCCGUUAUUCGCUAGGUUUAAGUUGAAAAUUCAAAAAAAUCUUCCCGAUUCAUAUAUUUCAAAAAAAUAAAGUCUUCUUUUUGUUUUUAAAAUGAUUUUCAGUCACAGAAAGGCUAACUGAAGAGCAGAUUAAGUAUCCCGUAGAGUUCAAAAAUUCGAUAUUAAUCAUAAAACUGUUAUUCGAAAACUUUCUCAAGCCCUUUUUAAUUUAAAAAAAUUAGCUUCGAAUGAAACAAAGAGCAUUUUUCAUUAAAAGUCAAAUAUUCUUGCAUUUUUUUAGUGACAGCACUUCAAACAUCCUCUUUGGACAACAAGAUUUCUGACAAAGACGUUGAAAAUAUGAUAAAUGUUGGAACUUCCAAAUAUUUCGAACUCGACAAACACAAACUGGGACAACUGUGGCAGUUUGCAACGGCAAGGGCGACAAUUAAAGUGAGUUAUUCGAAUUUUCAAGUUUAUGGGUUGAAACGGUGAUAAUUUGUUGUUUGACAUUGUUUUUUUCUGGUUCAUUGGCGCUCAGAGUCCGUGAAAUUGUUCAAUUUCUCUUGUUAUUGUUAUACUUUUCCAAAACAAGGCACAGGAAUGGGAAGCUCGAAAUAUUCUUUCGAAAUGAAGACUUUUCUCAUCUUUCACUGUUUUAUUUUUUUUUGAGAGGAAGCGGAAAUUGAAAAAAAUAAUAAGGAAAGCAAAAAAGAGCUAACUUAUAUUACUGUUUCAGGCACAAGCUCGAGCCGCCUAUCCCUACGUUUCUCAAGUGGAAAAAAUAGUUUUCGAGCAAUGCUCCAAAGAAGCAAAGACGGUGGUUGCUCUGGCUCGAUGUGCAGUUAGAUUAUUCAACGAGAAGCGAUUCCGGAAAGAGCAACUUCCUAAAGAAAAGCCGCCUCCCAGAAAAAGCACCAUUAAAAUCAGUCGAAGACCUCUAAAAAAGGAAAGAGUUCUGCAGCAGGACUUCAAGUAUAACACCUUGCAAAACGUGAAUCGGGCUGAUACGGACAGCAAAAACACUCUCACUGAAACGAAAAUCAAGCUGAAUCACGAAGAAAAAGAAGAUUCCUAUUACUACAGUUCGAGCAAAUCGAAAUGGGUGCGAAACCCUAUAAGGAAGCAAGUUCGGUCUCAAAUCCGCCAGAAACGGAAAGUUGACGACAUCAUGUUGGCCUACGACAUGUUCUUGAAUGAACAGAGGCAGCUGAAGAAAAUGGAAGAUUCGAGAAAGAAAGAAGAAAAAACUAGGAAAAGCAUUCCGGAGAGACCUAAUAAAAGGCCGAAGUCAUACAACAACUACGGAUUGCCCCAUAUCAUUUCGAAAUUGCGCCAGAAAAGAGACGUUCCAGGUGAGGAAUUUAUGAAUGGCUGUUGUCUUUGCUUCUAUUUCGUCUUCUGAUCAGAUGUCCGGUUGAGAAUCUGAUGAGACUUUGCUGAAAGGAUUCUGAAAAAUCCUAAUUUCAAAUUGAUCGGAAAUAAGCACUUAGAAGCGUUAAAAAACUUCUAUCUACCGUUUCAGUCAAAAUAAAAAAGUUUUUUGAAAAUUUCGAGCCUUCAUAACUUGCUUCAGAUGAAUAUUACGCCACUUGUCUUUGACUGAAAUGAAUUUUAGAACCCUAUUUAGCAAAAUUUUAUAGCUUUCUCAAAUGAACGCCUUCCGCAACCCCUUCUAAACAAAAUAAACCUCGUUCGGGCCAAGAAAAAACAUUCCAAUGAAAAUUCCAGUUAAACUCGAAGAACGCCCUGCCAUUGACUUCCAAAAGUUGGCCAGCAAGUAUUUCCAAGAACUUAUAGGUGACUUGUUGUUUCUUUAAAAAGGUUAAUAAUUUUUCAUUAUAGGUGGAAAGGUCCAAACACAUCAUGUGCAGAACUUGAGAAAGCUGAAAAAAAUCACUUCUCGAAGGCUGAAAAAAAUGCAACGGCUACUUCAAGUUGGUCAAUGACGUGAAUAAAAAAAGUGAGCCGCUUUUUAUUAAAAUAUUGAGCCUUUAUAAAAAAACGUCUUAAAACUUUCUUUUGAAAAAGCCUAUGAGUUUCUCGCCGCCUUUCGUUAUUUAUUUUUCCAAGUUUUUUUCAUCCUUUUUUUGAAAAAAAGAAACGAUUGAAAUUCGCUUUGAAAGGUAUUUCAAAAUGGUCAUGUCAAGUCGAAAACUAUUAUUUUUCGAAAAGAAGAUAUUUCGGCUCAGUUUUCACUUUCCGCACUUUCGAAAGUGCUGAAAUCGUUCAUCACCCUGACCAGUUGAACUUUUGAGAAGAUAAACGCCACUUGUCAGGAAUCAUCAUUUAACCCCUAGAAAAUACCGGAAUACCAGCUUGAUUUCUGCACUUUCGAUCUCUGGGGGUCGACGGCUGACGGUCACUUUUGAUGAGAUAAUAAGGCCCCAUACCAGAUAUCGUUUUCUUUUUUUCUCCGUUUCUGUUCAUUUGAGCAUGAAAUAUUGGUGGAUCGUGAUUUGCGGCGUUCCUCGCCUCGGAAUUCACCAAAAGGGGUCUUCUAAAGAACAUUUGUAGGUUCCUGGACGACUUGGGACUUGGGAUCGACAGUCGGGCGCCACAAGUUGAUACUCAGAAAGAUGCUUUGGAGAAGAUUAUUGAUAUAAUCAAUGAAUAUUCGGUGCGAAAAGUUAAGAUAAAGUUUGAAAAUUGAGUAGUAUUCAGGCCUCGGAGCUUUCCCCGUCCAAGUUUUCAGUGAUGUCACCUCGAAUUUUGUCUCUUUUUCCUGAUAAAAGCAAGAAAAACCGACUAUUCUCACCUUCAAUUCUAUCAUUUCAAAAGGACGGGUUUUUCUCCCUUCCCGAGCUCUUUGAUGUGAGUUUCUUCUUUUAAAGACAUCUUGCUGUUUAGUCAAUGUUGAUCAAAAAAUAACCUUCCAUAAAAUUUCUAGUGUUCGAAACGAAAUUCUUGUAAAAUGAGUAGCCUAUGAAUAAUCAUUCCAUGAAUUUGCAGAUGAUAACCUCUAACCAACGAUAUCAACAGCUGAUGCUGGAAGGGAUCAUGGACCUAAGUGGAGCUGGAUCAGUAGUUGAAGUGAAUUAGAGAAUUUAGAAAAAUCACAGUUUCAUAAACUACUAUUUUCAGAAGCUUUUGACAACGCUAGAACCCAAAAUGAAGUCAAUGGACGAAGAACAAUAUCCAUUUGUUCAGAAGAUGAGCCUUCAAGAAAGAAAUUGGUUGAGGUUAGAGGCAAAAGUGGUCCUUUUAGUUUCUUUCAUUCUUUCCUGUAAGGACCUCCAACUAAAACCCCCCAUAGGGGUCACGUUUGCAAGCCCUAGUGGCCCCUAUAGUGGGAAGCAUAUUGAUCUCCUCGGGCACCUUUAAGGCCCUAAGGUCGCUCCUAUAGAGACCCCUCUCGAUUUUCUAAGUCCGUCAUGAGUUUUUCAAUUUCAGAGCCAAGUCGUCAUUUUCAAGCGAUCAAUUAAAAGAAAUGGAUGAGUUUGGGAUAGUUCACAUGGAUGAGCAACAGUUGCGAUUGGUUUAUGGGGGUUUGUCCUUGAACUAAAGGUUUUUUUCAAACUUGGGUUUUUCAGAUGAAGCUGACAGGUUCGUCCACAUUGCGAACUUAACCAGAGAGGAGAGAAUAAAUCGAGUGGAAAAUGAUAUCAGGAAAUUGGCGGCAAAAGGAAGACCCCAGUGGCCGUAUUUUGGCAAAGGAGGUGGGAAUGGAAUCAAACUUUAUUCCUGUCAACUACUAAAAUUAUAAAACGUAUAACUUGAUUACAUUUUUAUUGCAGCGAUUUGAUAAUUUAGAAAAAAGGAAGCUGUCACUCUUUUUGACUAUCAAAUAUCCUUUUAUAAAUAAAAAUAUUGAAAUUUAUAAGAUGUUCGAAAACUUCUAGUCUUAACCUUUUCCUACCUAGAAAAUUUGAAUUACAUUUGCAAACUAAAUGACUUUUGAAACUACUGUGAGAGGUCUUUGAUUUCCGGGUUUGAAACCAGCUUUAAAAACUAAAUUUAAUGAUCCUAGUUAUGUCCAAUUUCAAACCUUGGUUUUUGACCGAUGAAUUUUUAUCUUCAAAAAUAAUAACGCCAGAAAAUUGCUUUUCAGUUUUACCCCAACAAAAAUCGUCUUCUUGUAGAAAUUUCAAUUGAGACGUUUUUUUCCAUUCUCAAAAUUGCUUUGAGGAUUCCGAGGCAAGAGAGAAACCCACGGAGGGCAUGAUAACGACGGCGAUGAUAAUAUUCCUAAUUAUCCCCACCCCGAAGAAAUCAACGGAGUCGAAUAUCAAACUUUGAAGGUUCGUUAUUCAUUCCUCCUAUUGAGCCCAUAAAAUUUUCAAGCCCUACGCCUUCGCCAAUCUAAUAAAUCUCGGAACAUCAAUGGAAGCACAAAUAUUAUCACCUCAUGCAUUUAUCGGUGAGAUUAUAAAUCCUGAAGCUUUGAAAGUGAGUUUUUAUUAUUUUUUUCUUGAAAAAAUUAUAUUUAAUUUAGUUCUCUGUUUUAUCUCCUCGAGCUUUCAUUGCUACUGUUUUAUCACCAUCGGCUCUAAUCGCAAGAGUUUUAUCGCCUGCAGCUUUUUCGAGCUGAAGUUUUGUCACCCGUGCUUUGCAGGCUUGGGUGCUGAGUCCUGAAGCUUUGGUAAGGGUUAGGAAUAAAAAUGGCAAAAAAAGCUUCCGUAGUUGAUUUAUCACUGCAUUGAAAAAAAUAUCAAUGUUUUUUUGCAUAGUCGAAUAGGAUUUUGUAAAAAAAUGCUGCAUAUAUUUGUAUUUAGUUAAUUGGUUCUAAAGAUACAUUCCGUUAAUUUAGCUAGAGAAAUUACGGAACUGGAAUUGAACCAUUGACGGAAUGAAGAAAAUUCGAACGAAUGAAAAAAGUAGCUUUCCGUCUCCAAAAAUCAAAAAAAAACGUUUUUCACUGUCUCAGAACUUGGUAACCUUCAAGAGAACCCUUAUUUCAGAUGGUUGAAGUCCUAACUCCUCGUUUUUUGGAACCACGCGUUCUAUCGCCAGAAACACUUGUCAUCGACGUUCUAAGCCCAGGUAAAAUUAUGAACUUUUUCCAAAAAAAGCGAAAAAUUUAGGAUUUCUUUCUCCUCACGUUCUAUCGCCAGAGUCUAUCGGAGUCAUGAUCCUCAGUCCAAAUGUCCUAUCGCCUCGAGUGGCAAGUGAUGAAAAAAUGAUUGUAGAGGUGAGAGCAAAUUUUUAUAGAGAAUGUGUCGUUCCGGUUUCAAAAUUUGCAUUAAAAAUAAUAAUAGUUUUGUCCUUCUACUUAUAGCAAGAGAUUGAGAUGAAAACGAACAUUUGACGACUCCUUUCAGGUUCUAUCGCCUCACAUCCUAGGAGGACCUCACAGUGAAGAAGAAGAAGAACACGGAGUCCUAGAAGUUGGCUCCAAAAGUGAAACGGACCACGAACAUUUGGGCCAUAAUCAUGGCCAUAAUAAUCACGAAAGUCCUACUGCUCAUACAGAAGCUCCGGUUCAACCCGUGAGGAGUCCUUUUAUAAGAUGA